CAUAGUAUUACUUACUGUGGACCAUGAUUUUCAAUUCCGUGCCUUGUGGGGGAAGUGCAGUGUGGUGAUUAAUGACUUCAAGGCUCCACCAUAUCGUUGAUGAACAGUGAUCGGCUGGGACUGAUUGUGCCUUCCUGGAUUUACGUCACAUAGGGCCCUGGUUGUCUUACCUUCUACCAGCACUAUUGGCUUUCGUCUCCCGUGUUUCUCCUCUCUCUCCUCUCGUCCCAGCGGGUUAUUUCGAGUGGGUUGUUGUCCCCUCGACAGCAUUAUCUCCGGGCCUUUCUCUCACACACUCUCUUAAAGAUGGCACUCUCCCAUCCUCUGUUCGUCAAUCCCACUCCACCUCUUCCUCCCCUCUGAUUGAUGAUUCCCUUCCUCUUCAUGCGCCCUUCCGAACUUUGGGUGCAGCGAGGCCCUCGCAAGGCCCUCUGGCUGGCGCUGGGGAUGGUAUGUCUAGCCUGCACCUUUCUGGUAGCGUUGUAUGAGACAUUCCCGGCCUCGUGGGGUACUGCCUUGGUCGGGGAUUUCCACUCACCUCACGGUCCGAGCGACCACAACAGCGAAAACAACAGCUACCAUGAUCCAAACACCUCGCCGACCAACAUCACCGUUCCUCCCAGUGACCGGCGUUGUUGGGCCUUCACCGACCCGGGCAAUGUGUUACUGGUUAUCAAGACCGGAGCCACGGAAAUCUACGAGAAGCUCCCCACUCAACUGCUGACGACCCUGGGAUGCUCCGAGAACUACCUGAUAUUCUCCGAUCUCGACGAGCGCAUCGGCCCAUACCAUAUCCAGGACGCCCUGUCCGACUACGACCCAUCUCUGAAGGAGUCCCUGCCCGACUUCCGCCUCUACCGCCAGCAGCAGGAAUACCGCCGCACGGGGCAAGACAUCGCGAAGCUCAAGAAAGAUGGACAUGAUGCAUGGAUACUGGACAAGUACAAGUUCUUGCACAUGGUGGAGAUGACCUGGCGCGAGCGGCCCUAUAUGGACUGGUAUGUCUUCAUCGAGACGGAUACCUACCUCGUGUGGAGCAAUCUGCUGCUCUGGCUCCGGACGCUUUCCCCCGCCGACGCGCUCUACAUGGGUUCGGUGGCCUACCUCAUCAACGAGCCGUUUGCCCAUGGUGGCAGCGGCUAUGUUAUCUCCGGGAAGUUGAUGGAACGCUUUGUUGACGAGAACCCCGGUGUGGCGAGCCGCUACGAUAGUGUUUUCCAGCCUGAGUGCUGUGGAGACGUCGUCUUGGCGCGCACCAUCAAGAAGGAAACCGGCGUCGACGUGCUCAACCUCUGGCCACAGAUCAACGGGGAGAAGCCGGCGACGCUGCCGUUCGGUCCCAGCCACUGGUGCCAGCCCGUGAUCACGAUGCAUCAUGUGGAGCCGAGGGAGCGCAGUGCCAUUUUUGACUUCGAGCAGGCACGGGAGAAUAUCUCGGAUCCCCUCUUAUUCCGUGAACUGUCGGAGAUAGCAUUCCCGCCGAAUGCGAUGCCGGAUGAAGAGGAAAACUGGGACAACCUUUCCAACGUGCCUCUGGUCUUUCCAAACAACAAAACUCCUACGCUUGAACAGUGUCGAGAUACCUGCUUGGGUCGAGAUGAUUGUUUCCAAUACCGUUUCAGCGGCGAGGAGUGCCACGUGCUGACCGAGGCGUUCAAGCGAGGAGCCAAGCGUGAGGCGGAGAAUGGUAAGCAAUGGACCUCGGGCUGGAAUGUCGAGAAGAUCCGGGAAUGGCGCGAGAGCCAACCUUGCACCACACCAGAAUGGGUAAAGGGCCAUUAAUGUUCCCUCAUUGAUGCCGUCUGCUGGCAGACCGCAUUAUCGGGUUGAUGUGGUUUGAACAAUCAGACGCUCUGUGCGAUGCGCCCUUGUCCCUGUUCUGUGAUGAGAAAAGUUAUGUUCUAUGUGUAAAUAUCUUGCAGACUAGGCGACCAAGACUGAUGAAUGAUGAACAAAACCACAACACAG